UCUGGACCAACGUGGAGCCGCGGUCUGUGGCCGUGUUCCCGUGGCACUCCCUUGUGCCCUUCCUGGCCCCCAGCCAGCCAGACUCCUCCGUCCAGCCCAGCGAGGGCCAGCAGCCUGUCAAUCACCCUGCGGUGUCCAAUCAGAACAAAGAGCCUCCAGAAUCAGCGGCCGUUGCCCAUGACCUCCCGGGGGUGGCGUCAGGGGCUGAGCUGGGGGCUUCCCGCCCCGACAGUCCAGCCUCAGCCCCACAGGCCACGGCAGCGGCUGGAGGGGGAGAGGGCCCCUCCCAGCUCGAGGACGAGGCCCCGGGGCCCCCAAGGCUGGACAGCGAGACAGAGAGCGACCACGAUGACCCGUUCCUGUCGAUCGUGUCCCCCGAGAUCCAGCUCCCUCUGCAGCCCGGGAAGCGCCGGACGCAGUCGCUGAGCGCCCUGCCCAAGGACCGAGACUCUUCCUCCGAGAAGGAUGGGCGCAGCCCCAACAAGCGGGAGAAGGACCAUAUCCGGCGACCCAUGAACGCCUUCAUGAUCUUCAGCAAGCGGCACCGGGCUCUGGUGCACCAGCGGCACCCGAACCAGGACAACCGCACCGUCAGCAAGAUCCUGGGCGAGUGGUGGUACGCGCUGGGGCCCAAGGAGAAGCAGAAGUACCAUGACCUGGCCUUCCAGGUGAAGGAGGCGCACUUCAAGGCGCACCCCGACUGGAAGUGGUGUAACAAGGACCGGAAGAAGUCCAGCUCGGAUGCCAAGCCCUCGGCGCCGGGGCCCGGGGGGGGCCCCAAGGAGGCGCGGGAGCGCAGCAUGUCAGAGACGGGCACGGCCGCCGUGCUGGGAGCCUCCUCGGAGAUCCCGGCGCUGGCGGGGCCAGAGAGCAAGGCAGGGGGCACAGGGCACGCGCCCGGGGAGCGGCUGAUCCACGUGCCGGGGGCUGGGGCGCAGCGGCCCCGGGCCUUCUCCCACAGCGGGGUGCAUGGGCUGGAUGCCGGGGAGCGGGACAGCCAGGCGCUGCAGGAGCUCACGCAGAUGUGUUCCGGCCCGUCGCCCUACCCCGGUGGGAAGGGGCAGUAUGGGGGGCCGGGCCCCUCGGGGUCCCCAUUCGCAGCUCCAGGUGAGAGUCCCCGGCCCCCCCUGCUGCCGCCGGCCCCCCGCGCCGCCCGCUCCCAGCGUGUGGCCAGCGAGGACAUGACGAGCGACGAGGAGCGCAUGGUCAUCUGCGAGGAGGAGGGGGACGAUGAUGUCAUUGCGGACGACGGGUUCAACCCGCCCGACAUUGACCUGAAGUGCAAGGAGCGGGUGACGGACAGCGAAAGCGAGACCUCCUCGGGCGAGGAGCCCGACGGCAAGGGCUUUGGGCGGAAGCUCUUCUCCCCGGUGAUCCGCUCCCCGCCGCUGCCCCCCUCCUCGGGCGCCUUCGCCCCCUGCCGCCCGCCAGCCCCCACCGAGCUGGACCUGCCCCACGGCCCCGACCAGCUCCCCCUGGCCAAGCCCUACAGCCCCUUCCCGCUGGCGCUCAGCCCCUUCAAGGCCCAGGACUCACGGGGGCCCCGGCCCCCUGGCCCCCCGCCAGCCAAGCGCCCUGAGCCGGCCCCCCCUUACCGCCGGAAGCGGGCUGACAGCGCCGGGGGGGCUGAGACUGGCGCGGCUGGGCCCUCGGUCAUCUCCUCCCCCGGGGGGGUGCUGCAGGCGCUGGUGCUGCCGGAGCCGGGGCGCCUGUCCGCGGGCACGGUGCUGGUGCCGGCCCCCUCGCUCAGCAGCUACGGCGGGGCGCCGGGCCUGGCACGCACCGCCUCCACCGUGGUCACCAACGUGGUCAAGCCGGUCAGCAGCACCCCCGUGCCCAUCGCCAGCAAGCCCUUCCCUCGGGGGGCAGGUGAGGGCAGGCCCCUGCUCAGCCCCCCAGCCCUGGAGCUGGCCCCGCCGCCCCUGGCCAUGCUGGGGGGUGCCAAGCCAGAGGCCGUGCCCGUGGGUCGCAUCGGCCUGCUCUACGCCGACAAGAAGCCCCCGCCCCCCGCCAGCCAGGCCCCAUCCAACCACCUGGUGGUCGGGACGAUGGGCAAGGCCCCGGUGGCCCCGGGCAACGUGGUGACCAACCUGCUGGUGGGGCAGGCAGGGGGCGCGGCGGCCGGGCCGGCCCCUGUGACCGUGCUGCCGCCGCAGCCCUCGGUGCAGUUCAUUACCCAGAACCCCCCGGGGGUCGGGCCCAAUGGGCCGGUCCCCCUGGGCAUCCUGCAGCCCCAGGGCCUCCUGUCAGGGGCGCCAGGCAAGGCUGGGGGCAUCACCCAGGUGCAGUACAUCCUGCCCACCCUGCCCCAGCAGCUGCAGGUGGCCGGGGGCAAGGGGCCAGGGGCCGGAGCCGCCAGCAUCCACUUCACCCUGCCCCCCACCAGCAGCAAGGUGCUUGCCACCGCGCCCCACGGCCUGCCCAUCCUCCAGCCUGGGCCCGGCAGUGCCAGCACCGCCGUCACCGUCGUCUCCACCGCACCCAAAGCCCAGUCAGCGUCUCCGGUGCAGGCCCCGGGCCCCGGAGGCUCAGCCCAACUGGUGCAGGGCAAGGUGUUAGUGCCCGUGGCAACCCCCCAGGUGACGGUGCGGCCCGGGGGUGGGGCCGGCCCCAUGGCCCAGGUGGCGCCGCCCUUCCCGGUGCCCCUCCAGAACGGAUCCCAGCCCGCCAGCAAGAUCAUCCAGCUGACGCCGCUGACCCCCGCGCCGAACAGCGCCGCCUUGGCGCCCCCCCUGAGCCCCGCCACGGCCCUCGUGGGACCCCACAGCCAGGCCCAGAAGGUGCUGCUGCCGUCCUCCACCAGGAUCACCUAUGUGCAGUCCACAGGUGGGCACCAGCUGACCCUGGGCACCUCGGCCUCCCCCUCGCAGCCUGGCGCCGCCACCUAUGUGCAGGCCCCUGUGGGGCCGGCCCCCAUGGCCCUGGGCUUCACGGCCAUCGGGCCCAGCGGGCCGGCCAUUGUGCAGCCGCUGCUCUCGGGGCAGAGCCCCCUGCUGGCCCCGGGGCAGGUGGGGGUUUCCCCACUGCCCAGCCCCCAGCUGCCCCCCUCCUGCAGCGGCCCGGUGAUCACGGCCAUCUACCCCGGCCCCCCGAGCGCCGGCCCCGCCCCGUCACCCGCCCACGGUCUCGUCUACAGCGUGGCCAGCCCCGCCCCGGCCCCCAUCCUGCCCAAGGGCAGCAGUGCCGGCAGCCAGGGCACACUGGGGCCUGGACCCAUGGGCCCCCUCGCCUUCCCCCCAGCGCCCGCCCGGCCCCCGCGCCCCCCGCCAAAGCCCCCCCAGAAGGUGAAGGCCGCCAUCGCCAGCAUCCCUGUGGGCUCCUACGAGUCGGCCCUGUCACCCAGCCCCGCCCGGCCUCCGGGGGGGCAGCAGACGGAGCCCGGGGGGCCCCCCCGCGUCCCCCGGGAGCUGGAGAGCCCCAGGGAGCCCCCGGAGCCGCCUGCCCCCUCCCCCCCGCCCCAGCCCCCCCGGCCCGGGCCAGCUCCAGAGCCGGAGAGCUGGGAUGGGCGCCCCCCCUCGCCCGCGUCCCCCCAGCACCCGGCGCCCGAGGUUGAGA